CAGCCUUGUGAACUGGGCAACCUCGCCAGCUACUUGAUCGAUGUGAGGUCAGCCGAGGACGUCACGGGAGGGAUCAUGUUUUCGAGGGAGCAAAACAUCCGGCUGGUCAUCAAAAAUACUGGCCAUGAUUACGCGGGCAUGUCGACGGGAAAAGGUGGACUGUCCCUGUGGACACGUAACCUGGGCUCGACCCAGUUCAUCUACACUUAUGAGUCCUCCUACUACAACGGGCCAGCCAUCAAGCUCGGGGCCGGCGUUCAAGGGUUUGAGGCGUAUGCUACGGCCAACACGACGGGACAGGGCUUUGUUGGCGGCGUCUGUCACAUUGUGGCUAUCGCAGGCGGAUUCGGCCUGGGUGGAGGCCACUCGAUCCUCUCCAACAGCCACGGAACGGGGUCCGAUAACGUGCUGGAGUGGGAAGUGGUCACCAUGGACGGGAGACAUCUGCCAGAGCAGAAUUCUAACCUCUACUGGGCCCCCAGCGGUAGUGGUCCGGGCACCUUUACUGUUGUACUCUCCAUGACAGCCCGGCUGCAUGCAGAUGGCAUCAUUGGCGGGGCUAAUCUGCGAUGUAAUUGGGAGUUUUAUCCAUUUACCUAA